AUGUCCAAAAAGAUAAUAAGAGAAAAAAUAAAGAGUGGAAAGAAAAUAGCAGAGGAGGCACUGAAGGAUGUGGUGAACUACGAUAUACUUAGGACAGAGUCUUGUGGAUACAUUGAAGUAGAUUCAGACGAAAAAACUUAUGAUGUGACACAAGGGAAGAUUCGAAAGUAUGUUAGUAUCAAAGCAUCUGAGCAGGCGUACGAUCUGAAACUAGAAAACGGCCCUGUGCAUGCCAAAUAUUCGAGAAAUGGAAACCACAUUCUUCUAAGAAAUGAUAAAGGAUAUUUGGCAUCGUUUAAUAGCAAAUCGAUGGAUCUUCAUUUUGAGAUGGAUGUGAAUGAAACAAUACACGAUGCAAUAUAUCUCCACAACGAACGGUUUAUUGCAGUUGCUCAAAAGAACAAUGUUUUCAUAUACGACGGGAAUGGAGUUGAACAGCAUUGCGUAAGAGAAAACAGCCAUGUAUUUAAAAUGGAAUAUCUCCCAUACCACUACCUUCUGGCAAGUGCAUCGCACCAAGGGUUCUUAAGGUACCAAGAUAUAUCUACAGGAAAGAUUGUUAGCGAAAUUUUUAUAAAAGAGCGAAGAGUUACUUCUAUGAAACAGAAUCCGGCAAAUGCCAUCAUACAUACCGGCAGCAUCAAAGGUGUUGUUAGCCUGUGGUCUCCUAACUGUAAAGAAUAUCUUAUGAAAAUACUAUGUCAUAGAAAUACCAUUUCAAGCAUUGAGAUUGAGAGAAGUGGAAGGUACAUGAUCACAGCAGGGAUGGACAAUAGAAUUAACGUGUGGGACCUGAGGAAUACGUAUACGCAACUCAACAGCCUGAAAGGAAAGACCAGCUUGUCUGCAACAUCCUUGAGCCAGAAGAACAUGCUGGCCCUAUCCUAUGGGAACAACGUCUAUAUAUGGAAAAACUUCAUUGAUUUGAAUUCUGACGAGGCGCUAUAUAUGAAGCACAAGACGGGAACACUUGUAUCAAGCAUUGACUUCUGCAACUAUGAGGACAUACUAUGUGUUGGAAGCUUGAAUGGAAUAUCAACGAUCAUCGUUCCAGGAUGUGGAGAUCCGGUAUAUGACUCCUACGAGGAUUCUCCAUUUAUUUCUAAGAAAGCAAGAAGUGAAAAGGAGGUUAGAAGUUUGAUAGAAAAGAUACCUUACGAGCUUAUAUCCAUAGACUCCAAAGUUGGAAGUAUUUUCAAAGAACCUAGAAUGGAUAGACCUAAGGAGGAGUUGCCUAGGUAUUUUGAAGAUAAGCCUGUUAGAAGGGGAGCCUUGAGUAGGUUCUAUGAUAGAGGAGAUUGA